AUGUACCACCUAAUUGCUUGGCCACAACUCUCAUACAUUGCCUUAACCAGCGACGGCAAAAUUGCCGGCUACGUCAUGGGAAAGCUCGAGGAAGACGACCCAAAUAAAGUGACCGGCCAUUUUACAUCCAUUGCAGUUAAAAGAGAAUACCGGCGAUUGGGGAUCGCCGAAAAGUUGCUUCACCAGUCCCUCAACGCCAUGGCCAGCAUAUACAAAGUGGAGAGCAUAUCCCUCCACGUGCGGCAGUCAAAUGUUGCUGCCAUCUCGCUCUACUCCAAGAAGCUUGGAUUUGAGAUUUCUGAGCACGAGCCACAGUAUUAUGCAGAUGGCGAAGAUUCCUACCUCAUGAAAAGACGUUGUUGGGACGAGUUGUUCUCGCUCCCAGAUUCCAAGUAUGUGCAAGAGCUACAUGAAGGGCGCCCAUCCAACGUACAUCCGACACAGGUUCUCAAUCGAUGUGGACUCUUUGAUGAGCUCAGAAACUUGCCCCUCAAUGGAGAGGCUUAA